AUGGAAAUCGACAUAGAGGGUAAGUGCUUAAUAAUUCUAUUUUUCGCUGACGACCAAGUUAUUAUAUCUGGCGACGAAGACGAUGUAAAUUAUAUGCUAAGAAAGUUCGACGACGAAUAUGCAAAAUGGGGUUUGAAUAUGAAUAUCACAAACAGAAUAUCUGCUAAUAGAAACAUAAUUUCGGAAGAUGGAACAAUAAAAGACGAUAUAAGAAAUAGAGCAGAGCAAGGAAAAAAAGCUACGCAAAUUCUGAGCUCAUUGCUGUGUUCAGAAAAAAUUAACCUAAACAGAAAAAUGACAAUAAAGAAAGUUAUAGUGGAGCCAAUUCUAACGUAUGAAUGCGAGUGCUGGCAACUGACGGAUAGACAGAAGAAAAUAAUAGAGGCUGUGGAAAUAGACUACUUAAGAACAUCGUGCAGGAUAUCCAGAACAGAUUUACGACGAAGAACAGGUCGAGUAUACAUGUCUUCAGAAAGAAUACAGAUUAAGCGACUGCUCGGAUGGGAUGAGGAUGUAGCAGAACCGAUGGUCGAAGAAAGCAUUGAUGUAACAACCGCAGAAUAG